AUGGUCGUUGGAUAUCGGGCGUCGUGCGUCGGGCACGCAAGCUGUCGAGUGGGCGCAUCGGGUGAUUUCGAGCGUCUCACAUCGGGAGUGCGGGGCACCGAGUACGGGCGUCGGGUGGGUGUCAUGUGGCGGAUGCACGCACACUACCGGACCAGCGCGUCGGGUGAUGCCGGGCGCUGCGUGUCGGGUGUGCGGGGCGUCGGGGCACGGGUUGAUAUAUGGGCUAGUGGUUCACGCUUCUUGGCAGUAGUUCUCAACUUCACAACUAACGGAGUUCUUAAUCUGACCUUCAUCAAAGCCUUGAAUUCUCAGUUGGGACCCAUCUGUAAUGCUUAUGAGAUUUUGCAAGUUUACCCAAGGAAUGCAGAGACAAAUGUGGAGGAAGUGGAGGUGAUAAUGAAAGUGAAGAACGAGCUACUUGCCCAGAAUCAAGAUAGUGAAAUUCUGAAGACAUGGUCUGGAGACCUUUGUCUCCCUCUUCCAUGGCAUGGUUUGUCUUGUGAUGCUCUCAACGGUACCUCAAUUAUCAGUAAAAUGGACUUAUCCUUCAGCAGACUCACCGGGCCACUCCCUUCCAGUAUCACCAAGCUGAAAUACCUGAAAGAAUUGAACGUGAGCAAUAAUGGCUUCAUUGGCAUUGUUCCUCAGUUUCCAGCUUUCCCUAUUUUCCAAAUUUUUGGGCAAAAAUUAAACUAUGUUCAGUUGUAUCACACUGGUUUUUGCAGUGCAGACAACAGCCCUCUACCAGCACAUGAAGGCUUUGCAAAUUAG